UAGGUCGGUUGUGAUUGGCGGCUGGGUUAGGGUUCUAGCGAGUGUUAGGGUUUUACCUCGCGCGAGGCGCGUAGAUUUCUCUGUUCGCAUUCUCUUUCCCAAGAGCGCUCGAUUCCUAGCGUGAGAGAGGAAGCGAUGUCGGACGCGGCGGAGAAGAAGAGUGGCAAGGUCAAGUGGUUCAACAGCGCCAAGGGCUUCGGCUUCAUCACUCCCGACGAUGGCGGCGAGGAUCUCUUCGUCCACCAGUCGUCCAUCCACGCCGAUGGCUUCCGCUCACUCAAGGACGGCGAGGCGGUAGAGUUCACCAUCGAUCGCAGCGAAGAUGGGCGCACGAAGGCGCUCGAUGUCACUGGCCCCGAGGGCUCCUUCGUCCAGGGCGCCUCUAGGCGCGACGCCGGUGGCUUUGGCAGCGGCGGCGGCGGUGGCGGUGGCUUUGUCGGUGGUGGCGGCGGCGGCGGCUUUGGCGGAGGAAGGGGCGCGGACUCUGGCCGCGGCGGCGGAGGAAGAUUUGGCGGUGGUGGUGGCCGCAGUGGUGGCGGUCGAGGCGAUGGAUGCUUCAAGUGCGGCCAGAGCGGCCAUAUCUCGCGCGAUUGUCCCUCUGGCGGCGGCGGUGGCGGUGGAAGAGGCGGCGGCGGCGGUGGAAGGAACUGCUACAAUUGCCAGCAGUCGGGCCACAUAGCCAAGGACUGCCCCAAUGCUCCCCAGUGAUGAUCCGGCGCGGGCGUUUGGAUGAAUGAUCAUCGUUUGCAGUGGCAGCACUCGUCGAUCGUGAUCAUCAUCGCUGCUUCUUAGUUUUUCUCUCUGGUUUCCUUCUGGUUGUUUCUUCGUUUGGUUGAUUGCUGCUGCUGCUACUCACUCACUACUAUCAAGUCUCUUUGCGAGGGAUUUAAUCGACGUUUUUGUGGAAGGCUCGAGCUGUGGAGAGCUGUGGAGUCCUUCCUCCAACGCCUUGUAAUCCAUUGUCCCAUUUUUGCCUUGAUUGAUGAAUAGGAAAAAAAUCUCUCCCCCAAAAGUUCCAAGAAAA